CUUGUUUUUGUUCGAAGAAGUGCGCUUCAGCGUGGACGUCGAACACGUCGCGUACCGAUGUGAUUUUUUUAUUCAGACACAAUCGGACCGACGCGCGAGACAAACAGAAGGUUUGGAAAGCUUCAUGGGACAAAGCAGUUCCCAGGAUGCCAGAAUGACUUCCCCCGUCCGUGUGAUCGUGGUGGGAGCUGGAUGUCGAGGAGAGAUCUACUCCCAGUUUGCGUCCAUCCACCCUGAUCGCGUUAAGGUUGUUGGAGUUGCCGAUCCAAGGAAAUUUGCUCGCACUAAACUUCAACAGCAACACAACAUUUUAGAUGAAAACGUAUUUGAAGACUGGCACACUAUAGUUGAAAGAGAGAAGUUUGCAGAUGCCGUUUUAAUCUGUACUCCAGACCGCCUUCAUAAGGAACCUGCGGUGGCCUUUGCACAGAAGGGCUACCAUAUUCUGCUGGAGAAACCAAUGGCAACUACGGCUGAAGACUGCACAGCGAUUGUGGAGGCUUGUACUCAGAGUGGCGCGAUGCUCUCCGUGGGUCACGUUCUCCGCUACGAUCCACUCAUCCACAAGAUAAAGGAACUGAUAGAUGCCGGAGUCAUAGGUGACGUGAUGCACAUUCAGCACCUCGAGCCGGUUGGGUUCUACCACUUUGCUCACUCGUUCGUUCGAGGGAACUGGAGGAAUGAAGCAGAGAGUUCUUUUGCUCUUCUGGCUAAAUCGUGCCACGACAUCGACCUCAUACACCACUGGGCCGGACCGCGCAGGUGUGUGAAAGUGUCGUCAUUUGGAUCCGUCAGCCACUUUGGAAAAGAAAACAAGCCGACAGGUGCCGGAAGUCGCUGUCUGGACUGUUCGAUUGAAGGAGACUGUCCAUACUCGGCAUCCAAAAUCUACUUGAAUAGAGUGAAACAGGGCCACACUGGCUGGCCUGUAUCGGUCAUAUGUCCAAACUCGCUCCCGGACAUCGAGUCAGUAACUGAAGCCUUGAGGACCGGACCCUAUGGCCGCUGUGUCUACGAGUGUGACAACGACGUCUGCAGUAACCAGGUUGUCAACAUGGAGUUUGAAGGGGGUCUGACGGCGGCCUUUUCCAUGGUGGCGUUCACUGAGGAGAUCUGCAAGCGGAAAACAACUAUCUACGGCAGCAAGGGGGAGCUGUCAUGUGACGGUCAUGAGGUGCACGUGUUUGACUUUCUGAGCCAACGAUCCACAAAGCACAAGGCCCACAAUGACUCCCCCAAGGUCUUUGGCAUGAGUGGACAUGGUGGAGCAGACUACCACCUAAUGGCUGCCUUCAUUUCUGCCGUGGCUAACAACGAUCCAUCCCACAUCCGCUCGGGUCCUGAAGAGACACUGCUGAGCCAUUUGCUGGUGUUUGAAGCUGAGCGAUCUCGACUGGAGAGCAGGGUGGUGCACUGCGGGGACAUCGGCAAAAGACGGAUGACUGACAAACACGUUGACAUUAAAACGAUCUAAACCUCCACAGUCAAACACUGCAAUGAGGCGUGGCACAAGUUCACUGAGGAAGACGCUUUCCAAAAUACACAUUUAAGCGUUAAUUAUACUACACUUUUUAUUUUACAAAUAAAUUUAUAAAUUGAAUUUCCAUAUUUAAAUGUCAACCAGGAUUAUCUGAAUGUAAGUAAUCAACUGGUGGUAUCAGUUAGUGAAGUAUUCAACAUUAUCGACUGUAGGGUCAAAACAACACAAAAUGAAGGGAACAGGGAAAAAGAGAGAUCCACAAUUUGCUCUUACAAACCUUAUGUCAACAAAAUGAAAGAAGAAAUUCAUGUAGCUUUAUCCAAUGUUCAGAUUUCUGUGCUAGAGUUUAACCAAAAUGAGCAUGUUUUUAUUAGAAUCAGUAAUUAUGGUACCGAAUGUCUUAAUGUGAAUUUCAUGUUUAUAGCUGUGAUCUUUAAACCAAUCAAACGAGGACCAAAACGUGGAGUGCAAAGAGGCUGACUUAGUACUGCUCAGAUUUUAUUUGUGUGUAGUUAGUUGGUUUUGUGUGAAUGAGUGAGGUGAAAUGGGAUGAGUGAAUGAACCGGUUAGGUUUUUCAAUGUGAAGUGCUUAGCCAAGAAUCUGAUCAUUUGUUGUUAAGCAUGUCAUAUUGUUACCAUUUGAUUAAGUCGAGUUCAUGUAAAGUUGUCAUAUGAUUUAUGAUUUAUGCAGAAUUGAUCUCAGGACAUGCAUGAAUGUUUGUUGCCAGCUGAGAACUCGCUGAACAGCCCCUUGAACAACGCUCACUUGAUUAUAUAUAUAUAUAUCAAAUUUGUAACGACUACUGACUGAGAACAAAUGCACAUAAAAAUCAAGCGGGGAUUGCCUCUAUAAUAACUCUCA